AUGCAGGACGAGCCUCCGCCGCCUCCGCCGCCGCCUCCUGUGGAUACGCGCAGCCGCUCGCUGUCCUCCAAGUCGGCGACGUCUGGUCCUCUGCGUGCUGGAGGCCGUGCUCCGACCUUCAGCGAGUUACGCGGCGGCGGUGUCUCGACCCGCUCUUCGUCUCUUCAUGUAGAGCUCAAGGACGACGACCCGCUGUCGCCCAGGACGCGUCUGGAGAUAGAGAAGCAGCGCCAGGCGAUGAGCAAGACCUCAGCCACCUCGCCAGGUCUCAAUACAAGCACCGCCAAUACAAGCAAUACGACACCCACAAACCACAGCAGCACACGCAGCACUCCACGGUCCUCCUCUUUCUACAGCGUCAGCAGCAAUAGCGUCGAGUUCGCACCCAAUGGCGGCCGCUUUGAUUUACAAGCGCAACAUUUGAAUCCGAGUAGCCAGUUAUCCCCACACCGAGCCAUGCUAAGUCGCGUCGACAGUUUGCUGGGCUCACAGGCUUCCAGUGACCCAUCGCCUGCUGCGUCGUCUCAGUACGGAGGUGCGAGCUUCGUGGCGACUCACUCCAUGUAUUCAGCGUCGAGCACUAGCACGUUGCCAUCCUUGGCAGCCUCGACACGGACUUCCCAUCGAGAACGAAGCGAGGAGCAAAGAGAACCUUCGAGCUGUGGAGCAGAGAUCCUCUACAACUCACCUAUCAGACUGCGACUAAGCAGUCGCCAGUGUCUGAGGAUAUCGGCAGUCAAGGAUGGUAACUAUCAGUCUCAAACGUCGUCGCACUUGCCGCCGAGACCGACAGGAUCAGGUACAGGAACAGGUGGAUCAGCCGGGAUUGCACGUACUUUACGACCGUCGACUAUUGUGCAGAUUGACGUGAGUGGCGAUGGAUUGGAUGGCGACGACGAUCAGAUUUUCGUGCUGCAAAACACGACGCUACGUUCGGACUGUGGAGAAGUUCAUUAUUCGGAUAUUGUGUCGUUAUACUGCGUCGGAGGGAGCUGCAAAGGACAGUUUUUGUCGGUGGAUCCAGCUACGCAGAGUUUAACCACGAAGAAAGGGCCAGUAAUUUCCAACAGCGAAAAGUGGAGACUUGUGAAUCCUAUUGAAGGUCGUGAGGAUUAUCCUGUUAAUAACCAAGAUACGUUCCAGUCCGUGGACGCUGCUAGCAGACUGUGGGGGCAGCAGAAAGCGGUUGCAACGAGCGACAGUGUGGUGUUUAAGAUGAAUACAGCUGAACUCUAUCUUUCUGUACGCCCCGAUCGAUAUGGCCAGGAUGAUUCAGCAGGCGCUCACACCCCGUCAGUUGUUCUGAGCAAGGAAAAUGAUGGCAUUAAUGAUACUAUGCAAGUGUGGAAGAUCACCAAGUCGAACUUGCCAUACGACCCGGAAUGGAAUCGAGAACGCCCUUAUCUCACCGGUGAGGCUUUUGUACAGCCGCAAGCCAAGCGACACCACGCGGCAGAUGAUGGCGAUUUGAACCUGCCCCCGUUGUCUACGUACCCUCCUUCAGUACAAGAAUCCAUUAUUGUGGACGACUUGUUAUACGUCCUGUUGGGAGUGGAAGGCCGUUAUAUUAAACUAGCUGUCACCGAAACUCGUCGUGUUGAUGCCGCAAGAUCAACGCGUGCGUUCAAGUUCGGAUUGAACCAACCUGGUAUGGAUCCGUCCCUCCUGACGUUGGCAUCACGGUGUCUACCCCUGGGCGAGUUCUACCUGAAACUAACACUCUACAUUGAGCAGUUCUCUCGAUAUGAGUAUGGCCAAGUGAGCCACGCAUUUUGCGCAGCACUGAAAACGUUGGUGAAGGAGUAUAAAAUCAUGGUUGGACAGCUGGAACACUUAACGAGGAGUACAGACGGAGCAGCUCCGUUCACCAUUCAGAAGCUGUGGUACAACGUACAGCCAAGCUUGAGGACGUUGGAGAUGCUAAGUUUGCUGGUGGACGGCUGUCGUAAAACUAUCGGUGGCGGAUCGCUACUUUCUGAGAUUCAGCGAAGCAUGUCGUCGCUGGCAGGUGAUUCCAAUGCACGCAAGGUGUUCUCAUUCCUCAUGGAGCGCGCCAGUGUGCCAUAUUUAAAGAUGGUAGAACGAUGGAUAUACCACGGAGAUCUUGUGGAUCCAUACGAUGAAUUUAUGAUUCGGCGAGAUGAUCAAGUAAGCAAAGAGGACGUGCAAGAUAACCCAUACUCGACAUACUGGCAGAGUCGCUACACUAUACGCUCUUCGCAAGUCCCGCUGUUCCUUUCCCGGGUCGCACAGAAAAUCCUGACCGCUGGCAAGUACCUCAAUGUCUUCCGUACGUGCAGUCGUCAGGUGGACUGUCCGUUCGCAGGGGAGAUAGUCUUCUCUUCGAGUGAAUCAGUAUACGAAGAGCUGAUUGACAAGGCGCACGGUUUUGCUAGUCGCGUGCUGUUAGACCUGUUCGUGCGGGAGAACGACCUCCAGAACCGACUGAUCUCAUUAAAGCACUAUUUCCUGAUGGAUCAAGGUGAUUUCUUUGUCGAUUUUAUGGACAUCGCUGAAGUCGAGCUCAAGCUUCGAGCUGACAAACUGUCGUUACCGCGUCUGGAAUCGUUGCUGCACCUGUCGCUUCAAACGUCUACAUGCUCGUCAGAUCCAUACAAGGAUGACUUACAGUGCUUCCUGUCGCCACACAACCUCAUCUCCCACAUGGAAGCAAUCCACCAACGCGCUCAAAAAGGCCCCAGAGAUUCACUGACAACGUUCGAGUCGUCAUCAAUUGGUCACCCCGGUUAUAAAGUCAUUGAUGCAUUCACGCUCGACUACAACGUCAAGUGGCCGUUGUCACUCGUGAUCUCGUGCGGUGCGUUGACCAAGUAUCAGAUGAUAUUCCGCCACAUUUUCUUUUGCAAACACGUGGAACGCCAGCUCUGUGACGCCUGGAUGAACCACCAGGCGACCAAAGAGCUGUCCCUACGUGCUGCGCUUGGACCGUCGUUCUGUCUACGACAGAGAAUGCUGCACUUCCAGCAGAACUUCGUGUACUACAUGAUGUUUGAGGUGAUUUCGCCUCGUUGGCACGAUUUCCAGCAGCAGCUAGCAAGUGCAGGGACUGUGGACGACAUUUUGGAGUUCCAGGGCGAAUUUCUGGAUAUUUGUCUGAAGGAGUGCUUGCUAACGGACCCGGACCUGUUGCGCGUCCUUACGAGGCUCAUGAUGGUGUGCAUGACCUUCGCCAACAGCAUCGAGAGCUACACACGGCCAUAUUUCCUGGAUGAAGAGACCAUUAAGGCCGAACGCGAAGCUGAGCGGGAUCGACGAGCUGAGAAGAAGGCGCGUGAAGAGGCGGAAGUCGCUCUGGCGAGCUACCAGCGUCAGAAGGGAACGUUCGGCGGCAAGAAGAGAGGUAGCGUGCUGAAACGUAGGCAGUCCUCGCAGGUUGACAUGCGACGAACUCGUAUUAGAGAGCUGUCGGACGAUGUGAAGCGUGCGCUGACGGAGCGUGAAGGCGACGAGGAAAACCCUUUCGUGAGAAUGACGAACGACCUAGAGAACCAGUUUGACUCGCUGCUGGGCGAGUUCAUGCAGCAAUUGCUGCGGCGGUCGCUUUUACAGCAAAACUCACAUCUGUCGAACCUGUGCACAAGACUUGACUACAACGGCUUCUACACCAAGUAA